AUGCACUCCGCAGCAGGCGCUGACCUGCCCGGCCGCGGCCGCCGCGUGGCGGUGGGCAUCAGCGGCGGCGUGGACUCGGCCGUGGCGGCGCUGCUGCUGCAGUGGCAGGGGUACGAGGUGGUGGGCGUGUUCAUGCGCAACUGGGACGAGGGGGAGGAGACGGGCAACCAGAACUGCUCGGGUGGGUGCCCCGCCGCGCAUCGCGGUGGCAUGCGGGGGUUCAGACGGGGGGCACCAGGGCAGGCCGCCUGCGCGGCAGGCCCGACAGGCCUGGGAGUGUUUUCCGAGUUCUUGGCGCAGUGCGGGCGGGGGCUGACCCCCAACCCCGACCUCGCCUGCAACCGGCACAUCAAGUUCGACGCCCUGCUCAGCUUUGCUGGGCAGCUGGGCGCAGGCCUGGUCGCCACGGGCCACUACGCGCGGCUGGCGCCCGGCGGCGGCGGCGGCGGCGGCGGCGGCGUGUCGCUGUUGCGCGGCGCCGACCGGCUCAAGGACCAGUCCUACUUUCUGGCCUCGGUGCAGCCGGCGGCGCUGCGGCGGGUGCUGUUCCCGGUAGGCCACCUGAGCAAGGCGGAGGUGCGGCGCUUGGCGGCGGCGGCGGGGCUGGCCACGGCCGACAAGCGCAGCUCAGCCGGCAUCUGCUUCAUAGGGCGCCGCAACUUUGCCGCCUUCCUGGGCCAGUACCUGGCGCCGCUGCCGGGGCGCUACGUGGAUGUGGGCAGCGGCGCUGUGCUGGGCACCUGCCCCGACCUCGCCGCCGUCACGCACGGCCAGCGCCCAGGCAUCGGCGGCGCGCCGGAGCGGGUGUAUGCCGUGGGCAAGGACGUGGUGGAGCGUGUGGUGUAUGUGGCGCAGGGGCGGGGCCACCCCGCGCUGCUGUGCACCACCGCCCUGCUGCGCACGCCGCACUGGCUGAGCGCGGGUCACGCGGCGCAGCUGGCGGCGCAAGGCUGGCUGCGGUGCCAGUACAAGGCGAGGUAUGGGCAGCAGCCCAGGCCCUCCGAGCGGCUGGGCUUCCGCCCCAGCGCCUACUGCCGGCUGCAGCCCCAGGACAGCCGCAUGCUGGGCAGCUACCUGGUGGUGCGCUUUGACGAGCCAGGCGUGGCCAUCACGCCCCAGCAGGCGUGCGUGCUGUACGACGGCGAGCUGUGCCUGGGUGCCGCGCUGAUCGCGCUGCCGGGCACGUCUCUGCACGAGGAGGCGGGCGGCGACGGCAGCGCCGGCCAGCGGCUGGACACAGCAGGGGCCUCGGCGUAGUGGCAUGAUACUCGCACCCUGUGCCAUUGGCUCUAGUACCUUUGUGUUGUAUCAGGGCUGCGGAC